AUGUCGAAGCUUCUCACCGUCUUCGGAGCCACUGGGAAUCAGGGCGGCUCCGUCAUCGAGGCCGUCCUGGCUGAUUCCGUUCUCUCAAAGGAGUUCAAGAUCAGGGGCAUUACCCGCGAUGCUUCCAAGCCCGCCGCGCAGGCUUUGGCCGCGAAGAGCGUUGAGAUGGUUUCCGCCGACAUGAGCUCCAAAGCUUCCCUUGCCGAGGCUGUCAAGGGCUCUGAUACCAUUUUCCUCGUCACGACCCCCGACUUCACUGGAGGCGGCACUCAGGAACAGCCUCACGGAAAGAACGUCGCUGAUGUCGCUUCUGACGCCGGGGUUAAGCAUCUGAUUUACUCAUCGCUCCUCCAUGUCACGAACACGAGCAACGGCCGCCUCAAGCACGUCGUGCACUUCGACGAUAAGGCCGAGGUUGAGCGCUACAUCCGCUCCAAGGGAAUUCCAAGCACCUUCGUAUUGCCAGGAUAUUUUAUGAGCAAUUUUACCGCCUUGCAGAUGAUUCACAAGGUAGAAGACGGUGUCUACACCUUGGCAUAUCCCGUCAGCGACAAGGCGAAGUUUCCGCUCAUCGACACACAGUCCGACGUCGCGAUGACUGCAAGCAAGUUUGUGGUUGCUGCGAUCCGUAACAGAGACGUGGUCCUCGGGAAGCAAAUUUUUGCUGCGGCUGACUAUUACAGUCCGUCGCGCAUCGUCUCGGAGUUCCAGGAGGUGACCGGGAACGCCGCUCGCUUCGUGCAGAUUGACGCUGAGACGUACAAGAGCUUCAUUCCAGGUCCCAUGGCUGACGAGAUGUUGGAGAACCAUUUAUUUAUUGAGGAGCCUGGAUACUACAACGGCGAGGACCUUAAGGAGAGCUUGGAUCUGCUCGCCGGCGUUGGGCUGAAGCCAACAUCCUGGAAGGAGUUCUUGGAGGCAAACAAGGCUGUUUUCUGA